GCCCCCACAGCCAAGCUCAAGCCUUCCCCACCACACGCACACGCACCGGCUGCAUAGGGCGUGAAACAAGCGGCACGUCUGUGCCCGCAGCUUUCGACCAUCCCCCUUCUCCCAACCCCUCCUUCCCGCCUCCCCUUCAACCAUACUCGCCUCGUCGAGAAUCCCCGGCAGCUGCUGCAACACAGGCUGCAUGAGUGGGGACGAGGACCCGCUGCCCAAGCCUCCACCACAGCAGCAGCCACCUCAACAACAACACCCAGAAGACCUUUCACCGGAAGAGCUGCACCCACAACAGCAAGAUCAGUGUCAUCAGCACGACGUCGACCAGCACAAUCCGGCCGUCUCUGCCGAGGAGCCACCCAUCCAGUCGCAAGACGACCAUCCCAAGCCACGUCAGUACCAACAACACCAACAGCAACACCAACAACAGCCACAGCCGCACCUGCAGCAGCAGCAGUCAAUGUCACCGGCGUCACAGCAGAGUUUUUCGCACAACAGCAUUUCCCCACCACAAGCACAGGAUUUUGCAACCGGACCUCUGGUCCACGACAUGGCGCCAAAUUCCAUCAACCCAGGCCAGCGGCGAGGAAGCCGGGUCCACGGGUUUGACGACGCAGCCAAUGGCUCAAAACGCCAACAGCGGCAACGCCGACAACAUCACCAACAACACCAACACCACCAACAACCACAGCAGCGCCAUGCACACGUGCUGCAACCAGUAGCAGCACAACCGUCAUCAUCAUCGCAGUCUAAUCAGCAAACCCACCUGCAACCACAGUCUAAUCAGCAGCCACCCUCCCAUCACGGGCAUCAGGAUCCCAUGCAGCAGCAAGCAGACGCAGCAGCCGUGUUUGCGGUAUUGCAGACCGUCAGCGCGGCCACCUCAACAACAACAGCAUCAGCAAGUGCUGCGGGACCGUCGCCUACGCCGCCACUGCAAAUGCAGCAGCCGGACGAGCUUAGCACCUUCUGGCCCCUCAACCUGUUCGGCAGCCCCGGCAAGCACCUCGACAUGGAGCACAGCAUGGAGCACAGCAAGGGCCUCAGCAUGGAGCACAGCAAGGGCCUCAGCAUGGAGCACAGCAAGGGCCUCAGCAUGGAGCACAGCAAGGGCCUCAGCAUGGAGCACAGCAAGGGCCUCAGCAUGGAGCACAGCAAGGGCCUCAGCAUGGAGCACAGCAAGGGCCUCAGCAUGGAGCACAGCAAGGGCCUCAGCAUGGAGCACAGCAAGGGCCUCAACAGCCGCGUCGCCUCCAGCAGCCACAUCACCAGCCACAAUUACCACAGUUGCCACUGGCAGCACCGCGUCCAACAGCAGCAACAGCAACAGCAGCAGCAACAACAACAGCAGCAACAACAACAGCCUGCUGCGAGCCGUCGCUCGAGUGAAGCCGAGUCUCAACAAACACGGGAAGAAAGGAUGCACAACCACAGGCACUUUGUGGCAGGUGGAUGCAACAUCCUGCGCCACGUCGGGCGGCUGCUCGGGCAAGAGCACGGGGGCUGUGUUGCCUUGUUGCAGCAGUUUCGCCUCCUGCACCCACCAGCCGCGAACAGGGGCGGCAACUUCUCCAGCUCAAGCCAGCGAGCCAUCACCAUGGGCGCGCAGCCUUCACACUUGGAAUCGCAUGCACGGCAACGACAGCGUCUGCACCACCAGUUCGCCCCACACCACCACCAGCAUCAGCAUCAGCAGCAUCAGCAGCAUCAGCAACAGCAACCACCGCAAUGGCAACGUCAGCAAGCGCGGCGGCGGCGGCAUGCAGAUGAUGAUGACGACGAUGGCGAUGAUGAUGAUUCGCGUUACGGCGGUGGCAGCGGUACGAGCAGCCACGACUGCCACAGCCACGGCGGCUGUGGGCAGCCCAGCAAGAAGCGGCCAAAACGACGCACACAACGCAUCAAGGACCCAGACUUUCGCCUUGCGGAGAUCGUACAGCAGCAGUACCGACUGGAGCAGGAACGGGAUCGGCAGCGGGAAGCGUGGUUGCGGGCCAUGACCGUUCUCCUCCUCCGCUGGCUCUCCAGAAUGUUGUUCAUCAACCCUAAUCCUUGAGCUGCCAUCACACACACACGCACGCACGCACGCACAC